AUGGUCUGGAAGAUCAUGCUAUUGCUUGCUGAAGAGCCCAGUAUUCAGAAGGCCUGGAAGGCCUUCUUUAAUACUGGUCCUUCAGUGAUCCCUUAUUGGAUCAUAACACGAAUGUUCAAGCUCAAUUUCAUGUUCAAGGCGUACGCAACUUUUGGAGCUCGCAAAGAAGAUUUCAAGCCGCUUAUCCGGGUUGCCAUCAACAACCUUCUCGCCUCCCCGCUGAUCGCGCGUUUGACCGCGAAGCCCCGUGUUGAGCUUGCGGCCAAGAUACAGAACGAGAUAUUGAAUGGCCAGAAGACCGAUGAUCUGGCCAUAGCCUCCCGGGUUAAGAAGGAAGCUAACCAUGCUGGUGCAGCUCAAUUAUCCCUUGAGCAGGCAGUCCAGCAGCAAGCAGAGCCUCUCCAAAUUGCCGAGAACGAGUAUGUUCAGAUCCAGGAUGCCCAUUCAGCUUUGGUCGUCAUGGAGGAGGACCAGCCUCAACGGGCCCAAGCUGCUGCCGGCACCAAAGCGCCAGCACGACUCUGA